AUGGAGCUCCAGGUCCGCUCGGCUCCCGAAAGCUCCCCGCCCCGCCCCUUUCGCCCCUCGGCCCCGCCCCACGCCCCGCCUCCUUGGGCGCCGGCCCCGGGACACCUGCGACGCUUGCUGAACUCAGAGACCACGGGCCGUUGCCGCCGAAGUUCUAGUUCCGUGGGUCUGCAGAGGGAAGGGAAGACGCAGGAAGUCUCGGGAAUCGCUGCCCGCUGCGGGAAGCAGGAGAAAGCCCUCGACGGCCGCGCCACGCCAGACCUCGCCUCUGAAUAG